AUGGAAAAGACGAAUCAAUCAUCAAAGGUGGUAGAAUCACAAACUAAGGGGAAAGAAAAUGCAAAGAAUUUAUCUCCGAAAACUAAACGGAAGAAAGUUGGUAGAGGUCUUGGUAGGCGCUCUACAAGACUCCAAGGAACAGUUAUGGAUACUCACAAUGACACUGUUCAACGUGUGAUAGAAUCAGUGGUUGAAACCUUAACAGAAGAAAAUCAUCAGUUGGCUUUAAAGCUACAAAAUGCAUUUGGAAAACUUGAAGCAAACGUCUCAUUGGAACCUUCCAAGAACGGCCACUGCUUGACUGAGCUUAAGAGUAGCGGGAUGCUCAACUGGGGCAAUAGGAAGAAAGUUCUGUUCCUCAGAAAUGAUGAGACGGAGAAACUAGACGGUGAAGAAGAAGAUGUGAAGUUAGAUCGGUCACCUGAGGAGAUGAAGGGGAAUCGGAAAAGAAAGAGGGCGGCGCACGUGUUCAUUACUAGCUGUGAGAAGAAGAGGAAGAAGAAGAAGAAAGGGACAAACAACUUAAGUUCUAGAUGGUCGAAAGAGAGAUAUCUAAUAGCUGAAGUGAACAUGCUGAAGAUAAUGAAGGAGAAAGAAACGGUGUUUGGGAAGCCAAUAUUGAGGCCGGCGUUGAGAAUGGAGGCAAGGAAACUGAUCGGUGAUACCGGUCUGUUGGAUCAUUUGUUGAAACACAUGGCGGGGAAGGUGGCGCCAGGGGGACAGGAGAGGUUUCGAAGGAGGCAUAACGCCGACGGAGCCAUGGAGUACUGGUUGGAGAGGGCUGAUUUGGUUAAUAUUCGCAAAGAGGCUGGAGUUGAGGAUCCUUAUUGGAUUCCACGGCCUGGUUGGAGCCUUGGUGAUAACCAGAUUCAGGAUCCUGUUUGUGCCGCGGAUUUCAAGCUGCUCAAGGAAGCCAUGGCCAAAAUGGAAAGGAACAUGCAGGAGCUCUUGUUAAAGAAGCAAGAGGAUGAUGUGGCUGUUGUGAACACUCCAAGUUCUUGUAACACGAGUCAGAACUUUGAUCAUGACAACUUCUUGCUUCCAUUGAAGGAGAUGUAUACAGAUUUGGUGAAUAAGAAAGCUAAGAUUGAAGGACAAAUGAUGGAAGUUUCACUUUCUCUUCGUUCUAAACUUCUAAUGGAGAAGCUAAAAUCAUCAGUGGAGUAAACAAACAAAUCAAAAUCAACCACUAUAUCACCUGCGGCUACGACAAAAACAAUAAUAUUAGAAGACAAAGCCGCCAAAAUAGAAAGAUUGAAGAGCGGCUUCAGGAUUUGUAGGCCACAGGGGAGUUUUAUGUGGCCAGACAUGGCAAUGUCGGCUAAGGAUAUAGUCCCUCUUGAAGAUCUCACUAUGGUCCCAACACCUCCCUCAGUUUCCUCUUCCUCCACCUGA